AUGCCGGCACGUUGUGCCUUGUGCGUGACGGCGCUCUCGGCAAUCCUGCUCUUGUCUAGCGCUGUCCUGGCGGGUAACUACACUCUCCGAGAAGAGAUCACCGGACGUCAAUUUCUAGACCGCUUCUGGUUUUGGUCGCACAGCGAUCCCACACAUGGUACGGUCGAAUAUGUGGACGAAUUCACCGCGGUUGCCAAAGGCUUGGCGACCAUCAACUCGGACGGCCGAUUCAUGAUUCGCGCCGACAACACCAGUGUCUUACCACCAGGCAAAGGCCGGCAGAGCGUGCGUCUGCACAGCAAGCGAUUGAUGAGCGAUGGCGUGCUUGUGGCCAAGUUCACCCACAUGCCGCAAGGUUGUGGCACCUGGCCAGCUUUUUGGACCUGUACCAACGAACGAUGGCCGGCUGGAGGAGAGAUCGACAUUGUCGAAGGGGCUAAUGACCAGGGCCCACGCAAUCUCGCCAGCUUGCACACGUUGUACGGCUGUCACAUCCCAGCUGGUUAUCGAUCGGAUCAGUCCGGCUUCACCUCUGAAUCCGACUGCUCAUAUCAACCAGGCUGUUCUGCAUCCUUCACUGCCAACUCGUCGUUUGGGCCCAACUUUAAUCAGAACGGUGGCGGCUACUUUGCUCUUCGUCGUGAAACACGCCCCGGCGAUCCAGGCAUCGGAGUGUACUUUUGGCCCAUCUCGACAGCUCCUUCCGCAAUGCCUGCUGUUGUAGCUGCCAUCGCCAACGGCGAAUCAGCUCCCAAGUAUGUUGUCACCAACAGCAAUGCAACUGGCAAUGACCGCUCCGAACUCAACAAGUGGGGUCAACCGUCGGCUUUUUUCGCCAACACCGCCAAUGCGUCAGCAACCCCGGAAGCCUUGGCCACUGGCGCCGGAUCUGUCUGUCAAAUGCAGAACUACUUUGACGAGCACGAGAUUAUCAUCAACCUCUCGCUGUGCGGCGACUGGGCUGGCGAAACCUUUGCACUCAGUGGUUGUGCAGCGCAGUACAACAAUGUCUCUUGUGACAAUUUCGUGCGCAAUUACCCCGGGGCGUUCACAGACGCCAGAUGGGAGAUCGACUACAUGCGAGUCUAUGACAACGCUUCUGCUGCCACUGGACCACCUGCACGAUCCCUGUUGUUGACAUUAAUGUUGGCAUUGAUAUGUUACUCUGUUUUCAUGUAG